AUGGCGGACGGGAACAAAAAGUUCGAGAUUUUGUCGUUUGAUCCCCGUGGUGUUGGACGGACGACUCCAAGCGCAGACUGCUACCGCAACGAGUAUGCCCGCGGCAACGGCCUGAUCAUGGAGCGUGCAAUCGGGACUCUUGGCGCCGGAGAGGCUGUGCUGAAGCGCAAAUUGGCACAAGCCAAGGGUUUUGCAGAAAUGUGCGCCAAGCGAGGUCGUGCAGAUGAUGUGCGAAACUUUAUGUCGACGACGAGCGUGGCCAGGGACAUGGCCAAGAUUGUCGAUGAACUGCACGUCCUGCGACACGCUCACGACGCAGACCAAGACCAAGGGGGCACUGACGCCAGGGUAGAGCUGCGGUCCGAGAAGCAGGAGACUUCAGCACGCCUCAAUUACUGGGGCUGGUCGUACGCAACAGACUUGGGAAACUAUUUCGUAUCCAUGUUUCCCGGGCGCGUGGAGCGCAUGAUUCUGGAAGGUGUGCAGGAUGUGCGUGACUAUGCGGACGGUACGUGGCUAAAGUUUGGCGACGCUGAGAAGACGUUCGAUUAUUUCUGGGACGCAUGCUACGGCGCGGGCAAAAGCUGUGCGCUCUACCAGGAGCUGGAUACCGACGCCGGAGACGCGCGUGCCCGAUUUGACGCCUUUAUGGAGGAAGUGAACCAAGAUCCACAAUCAUAUGUUGGCCCCGACGGUACCAUCACUUCAAUCACGGAGGAGGAUGUCAUGUUGGUCAUAUUUUCAGCUCUACCUCAGCCAAUCCUCACAUUUCCAAGCCUUGCUGAGACGUUGAUGGAGGCAAUGGCGGGCAAUUUCUCAACCUUGUAUAGGCAGCUUGCCCAACCGAGCGCAGAAAGCUGCCCUCUUCCAAUUCCAGAUACCUUUACGUGGACUGCCGAUGCAAGAAUAGGAAUUGCCUGUGGAGAUGGCGAGCCGCAGAACAACAUGACUCUCGCCGCCUAUCAGGACUACAUGGCUGGUAUAGCGGCCGAUGCUCCCAACUUUUGGCCGUUCAUGGCCGAUAUACGAUUGCCGUGUGUUCACUGGCCUUUCCGGCCCAAAGAUCGCUUCAAGGGCCCUUGGGUUACUCCAAAAUCUGAUCCUAGCCGAGUACCUGGCAGGCCCACGGCCCCUCUGCUCUUCAUCUCCAGUCGCUACGACCUUUGGACGCCGCCGUCCCGAGCCGUGGAGAUGUCUCGAUUCCAUCCCGGAUCGACGGUGCUAGUGCAGGAAAAUUAUGGUCAUGGUACGAUCGCGACGCCAAGCAAGUGUCGAGAUGACCACGUCAAAAAGUAUUUCGACACAGGCGAGGUGCCACCCGACGGCGCGGUGUGCGAUUCCGACUGUGUGCCGUUCCGCGACUGCCCGGGCGAUGCAGAUGUGAAAAAAGCUUGGCUUGGUCAUGCUGAGUAUUCUGUAGCUGGCCGACGUGUGGCUCCUUCAGGAUGGUUCUAG